AUGCACGCAGGAUUUCUCUCAGCUGUCACAGCAGCAGCAGCAGCAGCAGCAGCAGCAGCUGCUGCUGCAGCAGCAGCAGCAGCAGCAGCAGCUGUGGCUGCAAGCGUCACAGACAGAAGACAGCAGCAUACAGCAACGCAGACUGUCGCAGCAGCAGCAGCAGCAGCAGCGCUGCUGCCUCUGUGGGAGAAGCUAUGUAACGACUCGCAGCUGUCGCAGCAGCAGCAGCAGCAGCAGCAGCAGCAGCAGCAGGAGAUACCCUGGCUGAUUGAGGAGCCGUUUGCAUCUCCUGCUGCAGCAACAGCAGCAGAUGCUGCAGCAACAGCAGCAGAUGCAGCAGCAACUGCAGCAGAUGAAACAGCAGCAACAGCAGCAGCAGCAGCUGCUGCUGCUGCUGCGGAAGAUCUAACAGAUGAAGCUGCUGCUGCUGCUGCUGUCGCUGCAGCAGCUGACACACCACCUGCAGCAGCAGCAGCAGCAGCAGCAGCUGCUGCUGCUGCUGCUGCUGCACCGGAAGCAUCAACAGAACCCCCGAAAGACCGCCCAGAAGCAGCAGCAGCAGCAGCAGCAACUGCAGCAGCAGCAGCAGGAGCUGCUGCAGCUGUCUCUGCUUCUGCAGAAGCAACCGCAGCAGCUAUCACCAUCCCAUCAACAGCACCAACACCAACACCAACAGCAGCAGCAGCAGCAACAGCAGCAGCAGCAGCAGCAGCAGCAGCAACAGCAGCAACAGCAGCAAAUCUGAUAGCGACUCACAAGCUACUGUGGUGCUGGCGCUGA